AUGAUGCUCGAAGGAGUCGCAUUCAUCACCGGUGCCGCAUCAGGAAUCGGAAAAGCCACCGCCUAUGCCCUCGCCCGACACGGCGUCCGCCAGCUCGCUAUCGCUGAUCUCAACUUCGCCGCGACACAGGAAACCGCCCAGGACAUCGAGGCCCACUUCAGUGGAGUGAGAGCGAUCCCGCUGUGCAUUGACGUGACUGAUCCGGUCUCUAUCCACGAGGCUGUAUCGGAGACGGUGAAGCAAUUCGAGAGGAUCGAUUAUGCGGUCAAUAGUGCUGGGAUUGCUGGGUCGAUGGCGUAUUCGGGGGAUCAUGAUAUCAAGGAUUGGGAGAAGACGGUGGGGGUCAAUUUACAUGGGGUGUGGAUGUCGAGUCGGGAGGAGAUUAUGGUUAUGAUGGGGCAGGAGAAGAGGGGUGAUAGUCCCCGUUCAUCACGAGGUGUCAUUGUCAAUGUCGCAUCUGCAUAUGGUCUUGUAGCGACGCCGGUCAAUAUACCCAUCGUUUCUUAUACCGCUGCGAAACAUGGUGUGGUUGGGAUGACCAAGGCUGAUGCUAUUGUCUACGCGCCUCUGGGGAUCCGGAUUAAUGCUAUCUGUCCUGGUUAUGUUCAGACACCGAUGAUCGAUCAGAUGCCUGAUGAAGUGAUGCAGAAGGAAGUGGCGAGAGUCCCUGUGGGGAGAUUGGCGGAUGCAGAGGAAAUUGCGGACACGAUUACGUUCAUGUUGUCGCCGAUGAGUAGCUAUAUGUAUGGGUCUGCAUUGGUGGUGGAUGGGGGAUUUAUUGCGCAGUAA